AUGCCUUACAAGCUUGAGGCUGUGGUCCUCGAGUCUGAUAAGGCGGUGCGGGCAGGAAGCACAACAGGGUCAUUCAUGGUGAAUCUCUUACCGGAAAGUCGACGGCUGCAACGAACCCACCCACACAAGAGUAACUCCAGAGCGAAGAGAAGUUUUCUCGAAGCAACUCGGAUUGACACAGUCGGUCAGCGACGCUCAUUCUUCGCAAAUUCUAGCAACACAGAACUGGCAUCUGGGGUUUCUACCAUGGUUAGACAUGCGUUUCUUAUGCCAGAAACUUCCACGUGUAGUAUACAUUAG